AUGUGUUACUAUGGCAGAUACUAUGGAGGCCUGGGCUAUGGCUAUGGUGGCCUAGGCUGUGGCUAUGGUUGUGGUUGUGGCUAUGGCUGUGGCUAUGGCUAUGGUGGCUAUGGUGGCUAUGGCUAUGGCUGUUGCCGCCCACUGUGCUGCAGAAGGUACUGGUCCUGUGGCUUCUACUGA